UUACAUCUGGGCAACUACUUUUAAUCAACCUUAAUCCUUUUAGCCUUCUCCAGGCCUUUCUUUUUGGCCUUUUUGUAACCUGACCGGCAACAAUAACCACGUCUUUUCUUUUCUCCCUGCCCAAUUGCUCUUUCUUUCCCCCCCCUAAUUUACCGGGUCGUUUUCUCUUCCCCUUUUGUCCCAAUUUCGAAGCCCUAAGCUCAUCAAGGCAUUGAAUUCAAACUCGACAACUCCCACACUUCUUUGAUUAAGUUUCUUUGCCUUAAUUUUUAGUAUUAGAAAUGAUAGAAAGGGCUCGAAUGAAGCUUAACCCGUGGCAGCAGGCGGCGGUUGCUGUAGGAUCAGCUGUGGGUGCGUUGCUCAAUCCACGAAGGGCAGAUUUAAUAGCAGCUCUUGGAGAGACAACUGGAAAGCCUGCUUUUGAAAGGGUUCUUCAGAGAAUGAAAAGGAAUCCAGAAGGCAGAGCAGUGCUGCUUGAGCGGCCUCGUGUUAUAUCUGAAAAGGUGGGUCAUGCAUGGGACCUACCAGAAAAUACUUUUGGUGCUGCAUAUGCAAGGUUCAUGGGAUCCAGGAAUUUUUCCCCGGAUGACAGACCACCUGUGCGGUUCAUGGACACAGAUGAGCUAGCAUAUGUGGCUAUGCGGGCUCGUGAGGUGCACGACUUCUGGCAUACCCUUUUUGGCCUUCCUACCAACUUGAUUGGUGAAUCUGCAUUGAAGGUUAUUGAGUUUGAGCAAAUGUAUCUCCCAAUGUGCCUGCUUUCAGUUGUAGGUGGAACAGCAAGGUUUAAUGAAAAACAAAGAACAUUGUUCUUCCAACAUUACUUCCCAUGGGCUGUCAAGGCUGGUUUGCAAUGCACAGAUCUCAUGUGUAUAUAUUACGAGAAGCACUUUCAUGAAGAUUUGGAGGAUGUUCGAAGGAGAUGGGGGAUAAUACCAGCUCCUACUGCCCCUAAAUAAAUUAUUAGCCAAGAACCCUAAAUCCCCCCCCCCCCCCCCACUCCUGGUUCCUUGCCAGAAUAGAUGCGAUGACUGCAAUUUUUCCAGAUAAUUUUAGCAAUGAAUGGCAUCAAACAAAAACCUUGUCUACUAUUACAAUUUUCCCUUUGUGAUUGGCAAUACAAUUUGGGGCUGCUGGUGUCUAAGGAAGCAGAAGAUGAAUUUUGUGGCUAUCCAAAACUUUGCUUUCAUCUGUAGAAAAAUUUUUUGGGGGCUAAUGUUAACUGUGGAUGGACUGCUCUCAAGAAUAAAACAGCUUUGCUAUAAUAAUUUAGAUGCUCUUGCAAUAUAUAGAUGCAUAUACAAUCGGAUUAACUUUGAAUAGCUUUGAAUAGUAACGUGGGUCGUUUUCAUUUAAUUUUGGCCUGUAAUUAGGUAGACAAAGGGACUAGGUUACAAUUAAACUUAUGCCAGUGUCAUGAUAAAAGAGGUUGAAAAUGUUUUUUGCCCUGAGAAUUGAGGGAUAGGGUUUGGGAGUUGGGAAAACUUCCCCUGAUUGGGGGAUUUCUGCAAGUGCUUUAGAUCAGAAAAGGGGCCUUUUACCAUUAACAUUUAAAAGGUGCUAUUAAUUCACUAACGAAUAAGUUUAUUUCAAAUCUUUGCUAUAGAAAUACAGUGCUUUACUAUUUACUUGGAGAUAAGGGAAACGAUUUCAACAUAAUCAACCAGCCGGUGAAGGACACCAAAAAAAUCAUUACAGGAAACCACCAAUUGGGCAGUUCCAGUUCCAG